AGAUGUUCCACAGCUGAUGGUCAUUAAAGAAGAGGAUCCUUCUGAACAGCAGGAGAGGAGGACCAAUCUGGACCAGGAUGACCAAGAAGAGCUCCCACAUAUCAAAGAUGAACAGGAGGUGGUCUGGAGCAGUCAGGAGGGAGAGAAUAUUCAAGGACUGAAGGAGGAUGAUUUAACCAAGUUCACUUUCACUGCUGUCUCUGUUAAGAGUGAAGAUGAUGAAGAGAAAGCUCAGUUCUCACAGCUCCAUCAAACACAAACUGAUGAGCAGAUAAAAGCAGUGGCCGAUGGAGAGGACUGUGGAGGAUCAGAAUCAGCCAGAAUCUUGGGUCUAGCUUGUGAUUCACAGCAAGAGAUGAGUCUACCUCAGUCAGGUUUAGUAACUCUAAACUACAGUGCUACAGUUAGCAUACCAAACAUAAGAGUUGACACAGGAGGGAAACCAUUUAGUUGCACCAUUUGUAGGAAAGGCUUUCGUGAAAAAUCCGAUUUGAAGAGACACAUACGAUUUCACACAGGGGAGAAACCAUUCAGUUGCGUCUUCUGUGUUAAAAAUUUUACUGAAAAGGCAGAUUUGAAGAGACACAAGUAAGUGCAGACGGGGGAGAAACCGUUCAGUUGGAAAAAGUUUUGGUGAAAAAAACGAUCUGAGGAGGCACAUCAGAGUCCACACCGGUGAGAAACCAUUUAGUUGCUCAGUUUGUGGCAAGAUAUUCAGCCAGAAUGAAAAUCUGCGCAGACAUGAAAGGACUCAUACUGGAGAAAAACCUUUCACCUGUCCAGUUUGCACAAAGCAGUUUACCCACAGAGGAGCGCUUGUUGUACACAUGAGAAUUCAUACAGGAGAGAAACCGUUUGGCUGCUCAGUGUGUGGAAAAAGGUACAUAGAGACUGGAAAUCUGAAGAAGCACAUGAGAGUCCACACAGGAGAGAAACCUUUCAGUUGCAGUGUUUGUGGAAGAAGAUUCAAUUAUCAGUCUCAGGUCAAAAACUAUAAGUGCUCUGGUGAGAGCAGCGUAACCAUAGCCCAUAAUGCAUGAGGAUAUCCAAUACCUUUCAGUCAGGACUGUGGUUAGGCAUGCAGCCACAUCUCAAUACUGCUCUCACACAGUUUAUGUUAAUGUGGAUUAUGGUCAAUUCUAAAAUAGUGUAAAAUAGUCUUUAUUAGUUCAGCUGCAGAGAGAACCAGGGUUUUGUUUGGUGGGCGUAUAUUAGAGAUAGACCUUUAUAACUAAACUAUAUCAUAUUUCUUCUUAAGUACUUAAACCCUUUAAGAUUACACCAUAUUGUACCCCCUAUUUAUCAAUGUAUGCCAAAAAAUACAUUUUCUUUGUAUUUUAACAUUGAAUAAAUGUUUCUUUUGGUAAAAAAAAAAAUACACAUGCUUUUGUAAGCGUGAACCAACCAAUUUCAACCAAUAAUACACAAAGCUAAGAAUAUUAGCUAGCUUGCAACAGCAUGGGUUUCUGCGUGAGUGGAGUGUGUCUGGGUGCCUCACUGAUUAAUGUACAAAAGCACAACUUAAUGAGUGAUUUGGGUGAAACUGGAUCAUAUUGUCUGGUUUCUAGAUGCUCUGCCUCAACUCAGCUAACUGCUGCUGUAGCUGCCGUUAGUGUGUAACAGAACCUACCGAGGUAGAGUUUCCUGAUGUACCUGUUGCUAAAAGUAGCUAACUACUGCUAAGGGUAAUGUUAGCUGCAUUUAGUUAGAUAGCUCAUGCAGCUAAAGUUAGCUCCCUGUCGUAAAACUGGCCUUUGUCUGCCUCGGAUAAAAAUGGCUUAUUAUAAGGUAACAAAAUUAUUAAAUAAAUGAUUAUUAUUUUCUGGUGAUUAUAUACAAAAUAUACCUAUGAAUUUUAUAUUCCAUUUCUUAAAGAUCCUCCUAAAUGUUACACACUGGACCUUUUAAGGAUUAUAAUAUUAAAAAACUUUUAACCCAGCUGACUGUGAUGGUAAUAUCAGUCAGAUAGAUAUUACUGCUGCAGCUGUUUUUUCUAUCACAUUGAAUUGUUAGCACAGGCUCCAAAGACUGGACCGAUAAACGGUAGAAUUGGAUUGGAGAAAUGGAUACAUUUUAUAAUUACUACAUUUUCUUUUAUUUAUUUGGUAAUACUGGGAACUUUAACAAUGAAUCAUCUUUAAUGAGUAAUCUAAUCUGUACAGCAAAUGAAACCCUCUGCCCUUAGACCCCCGAUUCAGAUAAGGAAAAACUCCCCAAAAAUAAUUUUAAAAAUGAAAGAAAUCUCAGGAAGAGCAACAGAGGGAUCCCUCUCCAGCAUAUGCAAUCCUGCACAGCGAAGACCAACACAGAAAAAAGAAAAAAAUCUCAGUGCAUACCAUUUUUGAUACAAGUAUGUAUCCAGGAGGAUAUUGAGAAACUUACUCACUUUUAAGGGUUGCAUCUAAAU